AUGGAGUACGGAUCUAAGAAUAAGUUGACGUGGGAAAUGCAGAAAACCAUUUAUAAUGACGAUGGAGAAGAUGACGAGGGAUGGGAUGAAUUCGCGGCGGUGAGAAAUUAUGUGGAUACGAUGGUGCAGAAGAGGCUUAGGAUUCGGGCUACAAAAAAGAAGAGUGAAGAGACCAUGGGGGCUGUGGAGGGUAGUACUGUGGUGGAUACUGGUGGAGUACCUGCUGCGACAAAGCCUAUGGAGCUCUGGAGUUUGUUUUUGGCGAGUAUGGAUAAGAGGAGACAUAGUAUAUUUGACAGCAUUGAAGAGAGGCAGUCGACACGUUAUUGA